AUGGGCGCCGGUGGGGGCUCCAUGGGCCGCACUUCAACUGUAAAAGAGCUGCAUGUGGCUCGCGAGCUGUGUAUCCGGGAUUUGCUGAGGUUUAAGGAAGAAGUAACAAAGGAGCGAGACCAGCUCUUGUCAGAGGUUGUGAAGUUACGUGAAAAUCUAAUCCAAGCUACAGAGCAACAGCAAGAAACAGAGAGGGCAAAAAAUGAGGCGGAACAAAGCAUUGCUCAGUUCCAGCAGGAAAUCCAGAUGCGUCAGAAUGAGGCAUCCCGGGAGUCUCGAAAGAAGGACAAACUGGAGAAGGAGCUUAAACACAUUCAAGUGGAAAUGGACAACAAGCAGAGUGAAAUAAAGGCACUGCAGCAACAUGUGCUGAAGAACAAAGAGGAGCUCCUAAAACUGGAACAGCAGCUCAAGGAACAGAAGAUCCUGAAUGAAAGAGCUGCCAAAGAACUUGAGCAAUUUCAGACGAGAAACUCUAAACUCCAGCAAGAGAACGAGCAGCACAGCAUGGCCUUUGAACAAAUAACACAGGAGAACCAGCAGAAAACAGUGGAGCUGAAAAUGAGGGAGGACGAGGUGACUCAGAUGCGUCAUGAAAUUUCAAAACUCUCCAAGGUAAGAGAAGUUAUCCAGAGAAAACUGCGUGUUGCAGAGGAACAAAAAGUUGAAGCAGAAUACCAGAGGGAUACCCUAAAAAACCAAAUCUCUGGACUAGAGAGAGAGUUGGAGAUUGCUAAAAGACAGGUAGAAAUUGAUAAGAAAGCCAUAGAUGAGCUGGUGAGAGAAAGGGACAUAUUAAACAAGAACUUGCUUAAGGCUGCCAGUGUCACUCAAAAGCAGCUGAACCUGGUGAAGCUCCAUGAACAGUCCAAGAGGAACUUGGAAGAAGAAAUUCAGAACUAUAAGGAUGAGGCUCAAAAGCAGAGGAAGAUCAUCUACCAGCUAGAAAAAGAGAGAGACCGUUAUAUCAAUGAAGCUAGUGAACUCACCCAGAAGGUCCUCCAGCACAUGGAAGAUAUCAAAGUGCGGGAAAUGCAGAUCUUUGACUACAAGAAGAAGAUAGCAGAGGCUGAGACUAAAUUAAAACAGCAACAGAAUCUGUAUGAAGCCGUGAGAUCAGACAGGAACCUAUACAGUAAAAAUCUGAUUGAAGCUCAGGACGAGAUCACUGAAAUGAAGAAAAAACUGAAGAUCAUGACACAUCAGGUUGAUCAGCUUAAAGAAGAGAUCACAGCCAAAGAGGCCACUCUUGUGAAAGUACAUAUGGAACAUCAACGCAUAGAAAAGGAAAAGGAAGCUCUGAAGGCUGAGCUGCUUAAAAUGAAACAACAAGCCCUGGAGACCAAACACUUUAUUGAAAAGCAGGAGGCAGAAGAGAGAAAACUCCUGAAAAUUAUUGCUGAGGCUGAUGCCGAGAGGCUGAGGCAGAAGAAGGAAUUAGACCAGGUUAUCAGCGAGAGAGACAUCCUGGGGUCGCAGCUUGUUCGGCGCAAUGACGAAUUAGCUCUGCUUUAUGAAAAGAUCAAAAUCCAGCAGUCCAUCCUAAACAAGGGGGAGACCCAGUACCGGCAGAGAAUGGAAGACAUUCGACUCCUCAAGCUGGAGAUCAAGAAACUUCGGCGGGAGAAGGGAAUACUUUGCAAGAGCGUGGCUAAUGUGGAGGAACUCAGGCAGGAGGUUUAUCACAUGCAGAAGGAGCUACUGAAGGAACGAACUCGAUGCAGAGCCCUAGAGGAGGAGCUGGAGAACCCCAUGAAUGUUCACAGAUGGAGAAAAUUGGAGGCCAGUGACCCGAGUACCUAUGAACUGAUACAGAAGAUACACACACUACAGAAACGGCUCAUCAGUAAGACAGAAGAAGUGGUUGAGAAAGAAUUGCUUCUUCAGGAAAAGGAAAAGCUGUAUGUAGAGCUGAAGCACAUCUUGGCCCGGCAGCCUGGGCCCGAAGCGGCAGAACAGUUGCAGCUCUACCGACACACACUCCGAGAGAAGACCAAGCAACUGAAAGUUUUGUCUUCAGAACUGAACAUGUAUGAGUCACAGAGUCAAGAGUACAAGUAUGAAAUAGAGAGACUCGGCAAUGAACUCCUGAAUGUGAAGAAGAAAUACCUAACCCAGAAACGCAAGGAACAGCAGACCAAGGAUAAGGAGCGAGUGUUGGCUAACAUGGAGCAGGAGUAUCCAACGCAGAGAAUGGACGUUCCUCGUUUCACUGGGGGAGGCUUUGCUCUCACCAAGCAGCCGCCCAAGGUUAUGGCCUAAACUGGAGUCAUCUCAUCAUGUCCCACUUUUCCUGCUGAACUAAAUCCGUUCUUGGGUGUUUCAGAGAAUGGUUUUAGAGUAACUCAUAUCAAAUAUUCUCUUUGCUAUCACUGCAUUGUUAUCAUAAAAGAAGCUUAUUCUAGAGCGGCCAGUGUUGUAAUUUACACACUCUGGGCUAAAUUCCACCCUUGAUGGCACCAGCAUUACCACAUGUCCAUGGAGCUGCACAGCUGGGACAUAUGCUGAUAUUUCUUCCUUAUUACUGUGACUUUUUAUUUAGAAUUGUAACACCCAAAAUACUUUAAUAUGCGCAACUAUAUACCCUCUAUCUACCUCCACCCCAAACACAUUCUGUUUAUCCAUCAAUUUAAAUCUACGAAUAGGAAGGAGAAAAACAGAAAAGAAGGAAAAAGGAAUAACAAGAAGCUCCAUGGCCUAUUUUAAGCAAAUACAGAGUUGACAACUCUUUGCUCAGAUGUUCACAUGAGACAGUUUUUUGUGCAUGAGUAAUAUCGCUUGGUUUAUUCAAUAUUUGCUACAGCCAUUAUUAAGAUCAAGGGAGUUUCUGGCCACAGUACACCUACCCACUGUCCAUUGUUAAGGGAUGCAAUUCUGCAUACUGGAUGUGGAUACUAAGUGACAUAAUUAUGUCUGUUCAACUAGGCAGUCUGUCUACUCUGUCUGGAACCUACCAUCCUCCAUAAAUUUUCUUGUGAAGCUGAACUCAAAACAUGGCAAACUUUGCACUUUAAUUUCUAUUAAGAGAAAGAUCCUGGAACAUUUUUGUAACUUUAAAAAAUUGUUUUUGCAAUGCAGCGUGAGCCCUCCAAUCUUUUCGGCCAAAAGAGAUUUAAUUACCAAGUGAUAUGACAAAAUCACUGCGAGAGGAGCUGAAGUAGAGAAAACUCUCAAGCAAUAAAAUAAAAUGUUUUGAAACUGAUUUCUAUAUGGAAUGCUCUCUCUUUGGACUAGU